AUGAGUUGGCUUGGUGAAUUACUGGAACAAAAUAGUUCGGAUCCACGUGAACGUCUGGAACUUGGACAGCAGCUACUGUCGCAGUUACAAAUUUCAAGACUUUCCUCUGAUUCCACACUUCUCAAUGAUUUCUGCGAUUUAGUGGUGCAGUGGUUAUCCGGCUCUAAUUAUAAGGUAGCCUUACUUGCAGUAGAAAUUAUUGAUGUGGCAAUUGAAGUGUCCGCAGAUGUAAUCUCGCCGUAUUUAUUGGAUCGGGUUAGAGCUCUAGUAGAACGUCUGGGUGAUUCAAAACAAAGUGUACGUGAAGCUAUGGUUCAACUUCUUGCUGCGCUCGCAAACACACCACAUUGCAGUCCUCAGACUGUCCUCGAAAAAAUAUCAUUCGGAUUAAAUCAUCGUCAGUGGUUAGUGCGCAUUGGUACCAUGAAUGUAAUCAAAGUGGUACUUGAACAUCAGAGGCGAUUUGUGGAACCGCAGAUACAUCGAAUGAUCCCAUCUCUGUGUCACCUGAUGGUUGAUCCGAAUAUUGAUGUGAGAGAAAUAGCGGCAAGUACGCUAAUUGUUAUAUUCUGGCAUUUGGGUGAAAACGUUUUGUCAAGUAUCCGAAAGCGACAGCUUAUACCAGAACCAAAGUUCCAAAUGCUGAUGACACGUUUUAACGAAGCGCAAAUGAAUGGUAACCAUGUAUCGAGCAAUACACCGACUACGUCGCAACGUACCGGACGAUCUUCACGACGAUCACAUUUGCCGCAAAAGCCUCUGUUAACUCCAAGAUCAAACCGGGGCAUGGUUGGCUCGCGUAAAGGACAACUGCUUGAAGAACAAGAAAAUUCCACUUCAGUACCAUCAUGGCAACGAGCGAGCAGUGUGCCAGCCCAUAAAAGACCACUUAUUGUUUCUGCGAAAGGAUCUAGCAGUGCUGGUUCUGUAAGCGAUGAAGCUUUCCAACGGGCGUUCACUGAGGUCCCGAAGUGCAACGUAUUUUCAUCCAAGCAACUAAAGGAUCAGAUCAGCGAAGCAUGCGCAGUUCUUGAGAACACAGAUUUAGAUUGGAGUCGUCGUAUGAUUGCGUUAAAAACAUUGCGUUCGGUGAUUAUUGGUGGAGGCUUGGACUACUCGGACUUUUCAGAAGAAGUACGUGAAAUGCAGGCGGCUUUACUCACCUCUGUUAAGGAUUUGCGGUCGCAGCUCUGUCGCGAAGCAUGUGUUACCAUUGCUUUCUUUUGCGAAAGGUUAGGGCUUGUAAUGGUUCACGUAAUAGAUGCACUUAUGCCAACGCUUAUUUCAUUAAUGCAGAAUAGUGCCAAGGUAAUGGCAACAAGUGCGCAGCUUGCUUUACAGUACGUUGUUAAAUAUGUAUGUAGCGCCAGAUUACUUCCUCAUUUGCAAACUGCAAUGUCUUCGAAGUCAAAGGAGAUUAGAAGGAAUACGGCAUCAUUGUUUUUAAUGGCGUUAACUCUUUGGGAGAGCAGAACAGUAGAAAAAAAUAUGAACAUUUUUUUGGAAUGUAUUAAGGCAAGUAUAAAUGAUGCUGAUCCAGAAACACGCAGAACGGGUCGCGAGCUUUUCAUGCAACUAGAUCAGGAAUACAAAAAGCAAGCUGAUAUGCUUUAUAAAGCCUUGGACCCAUCAAAGCAAAGAACACUCCCUGGAUUCGUAUCCCAAUCAUCAUCAUCCCAGUCAAUUAUUUCUGAACGAGACGCUUUACCUAUUUCACAACGAAAUGCUGCUUAUGUACUUCACAAAGCAAGUCCCUCAUAUUAUUCUGGACGUUCGACGUCCGAUAUAGAUCCUGGUGCAGUAAGGCGUGUCACAAAUCGAACUGUACGAACAGCUUCGAAGUGGGGUGGACCACUUCAGCAAGUAAAUGGCACCCCUUCAACCACUCAAAUGAGAACAAGUGCUGCACAGCGUUUGUCUUCAGCAUCGCAGAAGUUCGUUUCAUCGUUACGGCGCGUACCGCCUACACCAACGAAUUAUGUUAGGUCGCAGCCUGGUAGUCGGAGCUCAUCACCAGCUUCUCGUUUCCCUGCACGCAUUCCUCCUCGAUCACAAAUGAGCAGUCGAACGAAAAUCCAGAUAGACGAACCGGAAGAUCACGCUUCUGUCAGCAGUGAUUCGUUUAGGUUUGAGACGAUGGAACUAGCAACUGCACUUUCAUGCUGUGCCUCGUCGUCUACUACAGAGAAGAAGGAAGGCUUAAAAGCACUGUUUACUAUUAUUUCAAGUGAUAAACAAGUUAAUGAGAUGGAUUUGAAGAAAAUCGUUGAACGUUUAACUCCGCUGAUCGUAGAAGCUGCUCAUAAGCUUUUGCAACCUCUCACGGAUACAUUGAUAGCUUUGGUACGUCGUUACCAUGAGGAACUAAACGAUUGGUUGAAUUUAUUAAUACCAAAGCUAGUAAACAAAUGUUCUACGGAGGUUCUACCCAGUAAUCUGGAAAAAUAUCGGAUUUUGAUGGAAGCUGUACGGACGAGUUUUGAUCCAGAAAAGCAGUUGUACGCUAUUUGUAAAUUUAUCCGUGACCCAGUGCGGAAUAACGUUAGUGUCAAGACAAAGCAUGGAUUGUUGAUGUACUUGCAUGAUUUAAUGCGUGGUAUGGAUUCAGCUCCAUCGAUGAACCAAAGCGAAGUUCGACAAGCAGUUAGUAAAAUAUUCCAGUGGGUGGACGAUCCAAAAAAUAUUUGUUUAAUGGCGAUCAGUGAAAAGGUCGUAUGUGACAUGUUCCAUUUAAAUGCCAGUGACUUCACUUCAAUGCUUGCUACUUUUCCAAAUGAUUUGAAAGAUCGGCUGCAAACUAUUGUUCGUAAAAAUAGCUUUUGUUUAUCAACCGGUAAUGGAAUCAACACAAACGAAGCACGUGUGGGUAUAUUAGAAACAACAGCGCAGAUUAAUGAUUUUGUGGAUCGGCGGACAGGUUUACCUAUAUCAUCUCCUCGUGUAUCACCUCAGCUGAUUAAUGGUUUAGCUCGCAGCCCGUAUGAUAGCAUUCCAUUACGUCGCGCAAGUCGAGAGGAUCAGAGUGGAUCGUUGUCUGGUUAUAUCUUGGAUCCGCAAGGUUUCGCAGAUGAUCCGGAACAGCAGGAAGAGUUGAUAACCAAGAUAGGGGAGGAACUUUCUCUUCAUAACCAAAGAAGUGAAGAACGGCAAAGGGCGAUGUCAGUACUUUCACAGAUCACACGUGAUAAUUUAUUUUCCCUUUGGGAUAAGCAUUUCAAAAUGAUAUUUUUAUUGCUCAUUGAAACACUCAAGGAUAGUGAUGAAAAUAUUCGUCGGAUGGCAUUAAAACUUUUAAAGGAAAUUUGUUAUGCGCAAGCUUCUCGUUUCAACGAAUUUGCGGAAAUGGCGCUCAUGCGUGUGCUCGAUGCUUGUACGGAUGAAUCGAAACUUGUAGUGACGGCAGCAGAAGAAUGUGGUGGUGUAUUAGCUACACAUGUUUCAUCAGCAACAUGUCGGCGAGUGCUCCUUGCCAUUAUUAAAUCGGAUGUUGGCGAGCCAAAAAUUCAUAUUGCUAUUAAACUGCUGACAAAAGUAAUUGAAUCGCUUAGUGCCACUGAGUUGGAGUUGAUCCUGGAUGAAGUAGCACCACCAAUCGUCGACACCUAUAAUUAUGUCAGUAGUUCAAUUCGUAAAGAAAGUGUUGUAUGUUUGGUAGCAAUGAUUAUGCUUGUAGGUGAAGAACAUAUGGCUCCUUAUUUGUCAGAACUCAAUAAAGGAAAACAGAAACUGAUAGACGUUUACGUGAAGCGUAUGAAAGGUAUAUUCGAAUAA